UCUCAAGUGUAUUUCCGGUUCUCUCCCUGCCACAUAUGCUGCUGAAACUUUUACCUUGAAUUGGUUUGUUCAUCCUUGUUCUAAGAUUAAGGCUGUUAUAUAUAUAAUAUUUUGCUUACAGCUUCCUGACUCAGUGACAGGCAUGCUCCUUCUCUUUAUGCUGUCUAAAAACAUGUCUUUUUUCACCCCUUUGAUCUGACACGAGAUUUUUCGGUGGAUGAGAUUCUAGCAUGGAAAGAAGGAAGUGAGUUUCUUUUUCUUAUUUUGAACACCACAGUGAUGAAAGCACAUCCAUUUCAGAACUGUUAAACGUUCCAUAUUUACAUCUUUGUGGGUUGAAGUUGGAAACCUCAACCUCAAGUGAAGUGUACUUGCAUCUUCUUCCUUGGAAAUUCCAGUUUAAUGGGGUCGCCAAGAGGAACAACUCUUCUCUUUUUCACAUUGUUCUUCUUUUGGAGCUUCGCAGAUGCUUUGCUUUCUCCUAAGGGAGUGAACUUCGAAGUGCAAGCCUUAAUGAGCAUAAAACGCUCUCUAGAGGAUCCACAUGGUGUUCUAGACAAUUGGGAUGGGGAUGCAGUCGAUCCAUGUAGCUGGACUAUGGUCACAUGUUCUUCAGAUAACUUGGUCGUUGGACUGGGCACUCCAAGUCAAAGUCUAUCUGGUACUCUAUCUCCGAGCAUAGGCAACUUAACCAACCUUCAGAUUGUGCUGCUACAGAAUAACAACAUAAGUGGACAAAUCCCAUCAGAGUUGGGAAAACUUCCUAAGCUUCAGACCCUUGAUCUCUCAAACAACUUCUUCAGAGGGGAGAUUCCUCAAUCUCUGGGACACCUGAAAAGCCUCCAAUACCUGAGGCUCAAUAACAACACUCUUGUUGGUGAAUGCCCAGAGUCUCUGGCUAACAUGACCCAACUCAAUUUUCUUGACUUGUCAUACAACAAUCUUAGUGGCCCGGUGCCCAGAAUUUUAGCCAAAUCAUUCAGCAUUGUUGGAAACCCCAUUGUUUGUGCAACGGGAAAAGAGCCAAACUGUCAUGGGAUGACAUUGAUGCCUAUGUCCAUGAACUUGAACAAUACCGAACAUGCUUUACAAUCAGGCAGACCAAAAACUCAUAAAAUGGCAAUUGCCUUUGGCUUGAGUUUGGGAUGUCUCUGCCUCAUAGUUAUCGGUUUUGGAGGCGUUAUUUGGUGGAGACACAAGCACAAUCAACAAGCAUUCUUCGAUGUUAAAGACCGGCAUCAUGAAGAAGUCUACCUCGGAAACUUGAAGAGGUUCCAAUUCAGAGAACUCCAGAUUUCUACUCACAACUUCAGCAGCAAAAACAUACUAGGAAAAGGUGGUUUUGGAAAUGUCUACAAAGGAGUUCUCUCUGAUGGUACUCUUGUAGCUGUCAAGAGGCUUAAAGAUGGCAAUGCCAUUGGAGGAGAGAUUCAAUUUCAGACAGAAGUUGAAAUGAUCAGCUUGGCAGUGCACCGAAACCUCCUCAGACUCUACGGAUUUUGCAUGACACCAACAGAAAGGCUUUUGGUUUAUCCAUACAUGUCCAAUGGCAGUGUUGCUUCUCGUCUCAAGGGUAAACCAGUGCUGGACUGGGGCACUAGGAAGCACAUUGCUUUGGGAGCAGCAAGAGGACUACUGUAUCUUCAUGAGCAAUGUGAUCCAAAGAUCAUUCACAGGGAUGUGAAAGCUGCAAACAUAUUGCUUGAUGACUACUGUGAAGCUGUGGUUGGAGAUUUUGGGUUGGCAAAGCUUUUGGAUCACCAAGACUCACACGUCACAACUGCAGUGAGAGGCACAGUGGGGCAUAUUGCCCCAGAGUACCUUUCCACAGGACAGUCCUCUGAGAAGACUGAUGUUUUUGGAUUUGGCAUUCUCCUCCUUGAAUUGAUCACAGGCCAGAGAGCUCUAGAGUUUGGAAAAUCAGCCAACAACAAAGGAGCCAUGCUUGAUUGGGUAAAGAAAAUUCAUGUGGAGAAAAAGCUUGAAAUGCUGGUAGACAAGGAUCUGAAGAACAACUAUGACAGAAUUGAACUUGAGGAAAUGGUUCAAGUGGCCCUCUUGUGUACUCAGUAUCUUCCAGGGCAUAGGCCUAAAAUGUCUGAAGUGGUUCGCAUGCUCGAAGGUGAUGGACUAGCAGAAAGAUGGGAAGCUUCACAGAGAGUUGACACAACCAAGUUCAAACCCCAAGAGUCAUCUUCAUCAGAUAGGUAUUCUGAUCUCACUGAUGACUCUUUGUUGUUAGUCCAAGCCAUGGAGCUCUCAGGACCCAGAUGAAUCGAUUGUCCAGUAGCACUACAUUUUCAUUUUUGUUUUAAAGGUAUUCAAAGAAAGCAUAUGAUAGUUGAAUCUUUGUUACAAGAAGAUUAUAAUGGUGUAUGAUAGAGAUUUACCAAAGCUGAAAAUGGCUUUGGUAAUGUUUACUUUCAAAUGUACAGAAUCUCAUUCGUUGAAUGUUAAUUUUGUAAUAUUACUGUUGAAAACGAAACAUCCUGUGAUUGUAUGAUUAAUGAUCUCAAAGUUUACUGUGUUAUUUAUGAUGUUUUGUUUA